CCGACGUCCUAUUUUUUUCGCCCUCCCCUCUUCGCUCCUGUCAUACCAAAAAAGUGGUCGCCGUGUGACUCGAGAUAUACAAAGUGUCGCAAGGACAUAUAAAGUGUGAGAACUUCACAGUACUUUGAAGAUAAUAGACUGUUAGGCGCUGCGAUCGCUUCCCCCGCUAACACCGGCCACCAAGAUCUACACUGUCAAUUUGCGGAGGAUCAACCUCGUCAAUAAUCGCCAUGUGCCAAGAACACGAGAAUCAAAACAAUGACCAUCUGGUCCAAUCCUCGGAUCCGGAGCACCCAGCUAACCUGAUUCCCGACCUCUGUCGCCGCUUCUACAACUGGGGUUGGGUUACCGGUACUGGUGGUGGGACUUCCAUCCGUCAGGGCGAACACAUCUUCAUCGCACCUUCCGGUGUGCAGAAGGAGAUGAUGAAGUCCGAGAACAUCUUCGUCCUGCAAUUCCCCACGCCCAAGUACCCCCCGUCCGAGCGCAAGUACAUCCGCAAGCCUCUCAACUUGAACCCCUCCGCUUGCACUCCCCUAUUCCUGGCUGCUUUUGAACGUGGUGCCGGAUGCUGCAUUCACACUCACUCCCAGUGGGCUGUCCUGGUAACGCUUCUGGUCGAGCGCGAGAAGGGCCCCAACGCCUGCUUCGAGAUUAGCAACAUCGAGCAAAUCAAGGGUAUUCCUGCUGGCAAGGGCAAGGGCUACCUGGGCUUCUUCGAUACCCUACGCAUCCCGAUCAUCGACAACACGGCGUUUGAGGAGGAUCUGACAGGUAGCCUAGAGAAGGCAAUGGAUGCGUAUCCAGACACCUAUGCCGUUCUUGUCCGUAGACACGGAAUCUACGUCUGGGGUGAUAAUGUCGCCAAGGCGAAGACUCAGUGUGAGAGCUUGGACUAUUUGUUCCAGCUGGCCGUGGAGAUGCAUAAGCUUGGUCUCCCCUGGGUCAAAUAGGAGUCUCACUUAUUAGUAGCAUAGCUUUGAUGACCGUACGGAGUAUAUAUGAGAUGAAUGCAUGAGCCAAC